UCUCGCAGAGCACGCAGAUAUGACUCAUUCCUAUAAAGCAAAUUUUAAAAUCUCAAGUAUUUCGCAAUUAAAGAAUAGCAUACAAAAUAUCGUUACUAAUGUUAAGCAGUUGGAAGAGUUGGCAGACGUUAAUGGAGCUUCUGUAACGCUUGUGAACAGAUUGAUGCAGCAAACCGAUGACCUGCUCGUCGUAGUAGAGAAUUCGUCGUUAGAAAGAUUUGCCAAUAAGGUGAAGAAAAGGAGAAUACAGCGUAAACUCAAGAAGUUGAAAAGGAAACAAAUAAAAACAGUUGCAGGGAAGAAAACCACUUUGAAGACAAAAACAUCUUCAACAUCCACAUUAGUAUCGCCAACUGUUGAAGCACCUUCGCUUACUUCUCAUAUCAAACCUGUGUCGUCUACAGUUCACCCAACUCAAUCGAUGUCAAAAAAGCUUCAUAAUCACCACUACGACGCUCAACGCUUCCUGCGGACGUUUGAAUUGCUAAAAAUGUUGCAUUUCUCACGUGGAAGAAGCGAGAAUAAAACAAGAGAAUUCGCCGCACAACUACACGAUUUGCGCGCCACUUGGAGCAAAGUGUUAAAAGAGAACACGUCCGAGUGUUCAAAAGAAAAAAAUGUAGAGGACCAAUGGACCGAGGUUUUCUUUGGACCUGCUGAACUCUCGUAUUAUGGCGGUGAGCAAAAAAUUAGCGAUUUCCUGCGGGUAAGGCACAUCUGGGAUAGUUAUCUGACGCAUAGUAAACACGGCUCCUGUAUACACUGUGGUUGGGUCUUACCCCACGAAAAUUCUGCAGUAGAGUGGCAGGAAUACAGAUUUACGUGAUAGCUACAGAAUUCACUUGUUGCAUUUAAUGCCGUAGUAAUAAAAAAAAUGUACUUCCUCUUAUAUAAGCGAAAAAAUCAUAACUAAUAAAGCUUACUGAAGUUUUACACACUUCCAAACAAAA